AUGGCAACUGGAAAAAGAACGUAUGAUGACUACACUAUAGGAUGGGUAGCCACUAUACCUUUUGGGGUAGCGGCAUUUCGGGCGUUGUUGGACGAGGAACACGAGUCGCUUCCACCACAAGAUGAUCUUGACGGCAACAGCUAUGUUCUUGGCCGGAUGGGGGCCCAUAAUGUUGUUUUGGCAUUUCCCGGAGAGUCCAAGAGUACCCUUGCUGCCGAAAUUGUAUCCAAUAUGGCCUAUUCCUUUCCCAAAAUUCAGUUGAGAUUGAUUGUGGGAGUAGGCGGUGGUGCUCCGCAGCCAGAACCCGAUCCGAAGGAGGACAUUCGACUUGGCGAUGUUGUUGUUGGCUUUCCCAAUGAAGAAAAUAAUUGCGUGGUGCAGUGGGAGAAGAGCACGGGGGAAGAGGGCAGUUUUGUGGCGAAAUGUCAUCUUAAUGGGCCUCCUCCAGUAUUCAUCGAGGCAAUUAAAGCGCUGAAAUUAGUCCAUGCGGCUGAAAAUGGCAACAUGCAGCGAUACAUUGAUGAAGCCAUCCAGUCAAAUUCCCCCGGCAUGGAAACCAUCAAGUAUCCGGGGCUCGAGAAGGAUCGAUUGUUUAAAUCAGGCUACAUGCAUAAGACCUUGGAGCCAAAGAGUGCGAACAGUUGUGCGGCAUGUAAUAAGGAGAAAAUCAUUGAGCGAACACCAAGGGAACCAUCGCAUGUCAUGGUUCAUUACGGUCAGAUCGCCUCUAGCAACAAAGUGAUGAAGGCUUCUAAGAAGCGGGAUUCUCUUAGAAAAGAGUGGGGGGUUCUCUGUUUCGAGAUGGAGGCGGCCAAUCUCACGAAUGACUUGCCGUUUCUUCUCAUCAGGGGCAUUUGUGACUAUUCGGACAGCCACAAGGAUAAUGAAUGGCGGCCCUUUGCCUCUCUCACGGCCGCCGCAUACGCCAAGGAUCUCUUGAUGGUGCUUCCGUCGCAGGAGGACGGGGUUAUGCCGCCCGCAGCAGGAUCUGCUGGGGAGGAAUCUCAAGUGGGAAGGGGAUUGGGUGAGGAAGAAGUAUCUGAAUCUAACAGAGGCUCUGAAACCGAGAGGGAAGCUGAGACAGAAAGAGAUUCUGGGUCUGGAAUGUCAGGAAUGAGCGGAGAAUCUAGUUCUGAAGGAGAACGGAAAGCCAGAGAGGAAUCUAACACGACAGACGCAGGCAUCAAAGCUGAUGUAGCGCCCAGCUCUGGACGAGAAAAAUCUGUGGAGGAACCAGAAGCUGCCAGAGGAUCAAAAGCGCUGAAGAAGUCCAAAAUGCUAGAUACAACUGGAACAACGAAAGAGAAUAAGGCGGACAAGUCUGAAAUCCCAGGGGAUGUUGGACUUGGUGGGGAGUCUAAGACAGAAGGGGGGUCUCAAACGGCUAACAACGCUGGACCCCAAAUUGGAUCUGGGCCAUUGAAGAAAUCUAAAUCCAAAAAAGGUGGAACUGGGAAGAAACCUGGAUCUGUACGAGUACAGGAAGCCGGACAAGAGACUGGAUCUGCGACGGAAUCUUUGGCUCCCCCCAAGGCACCCCCAAAAGAACCUGGAGCCAAAAAAAAGGCCGGAACCAAAUCAAAAGGAGCCUCUAGGGUCACAAGAGAAGAUGGCACUCUGGCAAAAGUUGGGACAAAAAAGAAGGCGAGAGAUUCAAGCAGUGCUGUGACGACAGGUGGAGAAGCAAUAGAAGCCAUGACGAUUGAGAAGAUCGCAGAAGAGAUCGAAGCUAUGACGAUCGAGAAGACUGAAGAAGCGAUGGACGCGAUGACAGUGGAGAUGGCUGGAGAAACGGAAGCCAUGACAAUUGGGAAGGCUGAAGAAAUGAUGGAAGCCAUGACAAUUGGGAAGGCUGGAGAAAUGAUGGAAGCCAUGACAAUUGGGAAGAUUGGAGAAGCGAUGAUAGAUUCUCCGGCCAAAGGAGAAGCUCUCGUUGGUAGACUGGAACCCAAACAGGAACCCAAGCCCGGAGGUUACGAAACAAAAACAGCGUCCAACAUCAAACAACGGGCUGCCAUUUCGAGAGGCUCGGAAGCCCCAAGGAAAGCAAGCCUUGCGAGAGCCCAAGCGCAACCGAGACUCCAUGAAUAUAGGGCAAGGUGCUGGACACUAGCAACAAUACUUCCUGGUCCCCAAUACUCCUCGACCACAGAUCUCUCGGCGGCUGUGAGGAGCGGUAACCUAUGGCUGCUGAGGAUGAUACUCCACACGGGCGUUGACCCCAACAAGGCGGAACAACCUGGCGGCCAGAGUGCGCUGCACGAAGCAGCGUACUGGAACCAUCCCAAUGCAGCCAAGAUUAUCAUGGGGUUUAUGGGUACAUGUACUAUUCAUGCAAAGAAUCACGAGGGACUGACAGCGAUUGAUGUGGCAAGGAAGCGGGGCAGUGAGGAUGUCGUUAGAUUGCUGGAGGCUUAUAUGUGA